CUUCUCCCACUAUAUCAAAAUGCUAAAUAUUUUUACAUUCUUGAACAAGAUUCUGAAUGCAGGUGAUUUUUGAGGGACUGUUUUGUGUUUAUGGGAUGGAAAAUUUAGGCAGGAUGAUUGAUGUUGACGAAAGUAGGACUGCUGCUGGCAGUGGUUCUGCUGCAAGUAUCUUUAUCUCUGGCUGUCAGAGACUAUAUUGGUCUUCCUGCUGGACCAUAUUGUGCGUCCAGGUAUUCUGGAUGCUGCCCUGGACGACAGGACGACUGUAGUGCUCCAAUCAUAGGUACAUUAUGCUAUUGCGAUGACUUUUGCAAUAGGACGAGAGCAGAAGACUGCUGUCCUGAUUUCUGGUCGUUCUGCAAAAACGAACCAUCACCAAUCACCCAAUUAUCUUGCCAUGCCAAUGGUAGAGAAUAUUUUUCUGGUACAUCAUACCAGGAUAACUGUAAUAAAUGUACUUGUACUGUGAAUGGACCAAUUGCCGAAUUUAUGUGCGAACAACACAUUUGUUUACUUGAUGAAAACAUGAUCGAUGGAAUCAAUAUGGACAGCCGUCAUUUAGGAUGGACUGGUGUCAAUUAUACUAAAUUCUGGGGUCGCAAAUUGGAAGAAGGCCUCAAUCUCAGAACAGGAACUUUACUCCCCGAAAGAUCAGUAAUGCGUAUGAAGCCUAUUCGCAAGAUCUACGAUCCAAAUUCACUGCCCAGAUCUUUCAGCACAAUUGAUCAUUUUGGUAACUACAUCGGUCCAGUCGUGGACCAAGGCUGGUGUGGAUCAUCUUGGGCAGUUUCCACUGUCAAUGUAGCUGCUGACAGAUUGGCAAUUUUGUCCAAAGGCAGAGAAACUGUUCGAUUGAGUGCCCAGAAUCUUCUGGCCUGUAAUAAGAGGCAUCAGAAAGGAUGCAGAGGUGGUCAUUUGGAUGUUGUUUGGCAGUAUUUGAGGAAGAAUGGAGUCGUUGAUGAAAAAUGCUACCCAUACGAAGCAAGUGACCGUGGAUGCCGAGUCCACCGAGGUGAUAAUUUGCUUACUGCCCAAUGUGAUAUCCCAGAAAAAGUGUUAAGAACUGAAUUGUAUUCCGUUGGCCCUGCAUACCGUCUGCACAAUGACACGGAUGUCAUGCAUGAACUGAUGGUCUCUGGACCAGUUCAAGCCACCAUGAAAGUCUACCGAGACUUCUUCGCCUAUGCUGGUGGUGUCUACAGGCAUUCCUCUCACUCUGGUUCCCACGAUUUCCGUUACCAUUCGGUGAAGAUCGUCGGAUGGGGCGAAGAUACAUCUACUUAUCCACCUGUUAAAUACUGGACAGUGGCCAACAGUUGGGGCAAAGACUGGGGAGAUGAUGGUUUCUUCCGAAUUGUCCGAGGAACGAACGAAUGCGACAUCGAAUCCUUCAUGUUGGCAGCAUGGACAAGGCCAGCUGAUCCAAUUCGAGACUUCGAUAACUAAAUUAAUCGAUAAUCAUCGGAUCUUAUCGAAAAAUUAUUCUAACUUGCUGGCUUUAGCACAUUUUCGACCACUGUGACAUGAAUUACAUCAGUUUUGUCAACCUCAAGGUAGUUUAGGAGAGGACCUUUUGAAGAACAAUACAAUAACAUUGUGAGUACACAUGGAAAUUGUUGAAUCUAAUAGCAGGUUGGAUGUGUUUUGAAGCGAGGAGCAGUGGUUCUCAAAAGUUUUUGUUUUGAAUAUUUUUUUAGAUUUAUUGCAUAUUAUGAUAUUAAAAUGCAUAUGUAUAAUAUACA